UUUUUGUGUUCGGUCAGACAAAGAAAGAGAUCGAGUUUAGGUUGUUAGGUUUCUCUUAGUCGUGCCAAAACACAGUCGGAAAAAUGAAUGUAUGGCUACCGCUGGAGUCAAACCCUGAGGUGUUGUCCAACUACUUAGUCAAACUGGGAGUUUCUCCGCUUUGGAAUAUCGUUGAUAUCUAUGGAAUGGAUGACGAAGUUCUAGACAUGGUUCCGAAGCCGGCAAAGUCGCUGAUUUUUCUAUAUCCUUGCUCUAAAGCGUAUGAAGAUCUUCGCGCUAAGGAAGACGAAGAGUUGAAGGAUCAAAAUAUUGAGCACCCGAAGAGUCUCUUUUUCACCCGACAAUAUGUUCACAACGCUUGUGGUACGAUUGCUUUGAUUCAUGCCGUUCUCAAUAAUCCCGAUAUUGAAAUAGAGGAAGGAAGCGUACUGAAAAAUUAUUUCAACGAAGUCAAGGAUCUAUCACCCAAGGAACGUGGUGAACUGUUGAACAAAUGUACUGAAUUUAAGAAAACGCAUGAAGAAAAUGCAUUGCAGGGUCAAACUGCUGCUCCAGAUAUAAACGAUGCAGUUUAUCAUCACUUCAUAGCGUUUGUUCACGUAGAUGGUAAAUUGUACGAAUUAGAUGGGCGGAAGAACUUCCCUAUUGAGCACGGAUCCACGACUCCGGAAACGUUGCUGAAGGAUUCAGUGAAAGUGUGCAAAAAAUACAUCGAAGUAGAUCCGUCAGAAGUACGCUUCACGCUACUAGGACUAGCGCCAACUCAAUAAAAUAGUUAUUCAUGAACGGACUUGCUUUUGAACAUCAAACCAAAAAAAUGCUUGUGAAGCUAACGAAUGCAUUAAUGCUUAACUGAACUGAGGAGACCAACAUCUGCUUUUAAUUAUAUUGUGACCGAGGCGUCCUUUUUGAAUAAUUAGAAAUAAAAACGCAUCAUAUGCUUUUGUAUUUGUCAAU